GCUUUCAAAUAAUAACAACAACAACUGAUAGCAAUGAAUGCCUUUACAAAUAAAACAAUUUUUUAAAAAGCAUUUUUAUAUAAAAAAAAUAAUAAAUUUCUAAGGAUACACAAACGGAUACACACAACAACAACGACAAAGAAUUAUGUGGCAACGAGCGCACCAUGGACAAGGAAGGAACACAAUCGAAGUUAAUUAAUAGCAAAAUGUCCGUUAUUUGGUGAAGAAGCAGCCAAAAAACGAAACGUAAUAAAAUCAGAAAAGUAAUGUCUACAUCACAACCACACCUAAUGCCAUCAUCGUUAUCCGCAUCGACAACAACUUCAUCGACGGCAGCGACAAUGUCGACGACUAACAACAACAAUCAUCAUCAGCAGCAGCAGCAACAACAACAAAUUCAUCGUGUAACGGCGCGCCAACAAGCCAUGAAUGCCGUGGAGUACUACAACAGCAACAUUCAUCGGGUCCGUGUCGCUUCUGGACUUGCACGGAGCUCCGUGCACGAGCGUCACAGCUACCACACGAGAAAUCGUCUCAACAGCAGCGGAAAUCGUCUUUUACUCCCAGGCGGGACACAACAGAGCGACAAUUUGUACCGCAGUAACUCGAGUUUGGAGUUGGUUCAUGACCAAAGUGGCGGCAUUGAAGACAGUCCGCGAUCUCAUUAUCUCACGGGAACCCUUCGACGUGAAUACGGAAGUCACGGCAGCAUCGACGUGAUAGCAGCGAGCGAAAAAGGCACCGUCGGCAAAAAGGCAAGUGAGAAUUUCUUCGCAAUGUUGCAGGAAUAUCGUCCGGCGGUGCUCGGAUUGCAACGAAAUGCCGCGACAAAUGGCGAAAAAGACGACAUCACGGAUGGAAGUCGCGCCACAACCGAAGGCAGUCCCAAGAUGAAGGGAAAAUUUCAUCGUUUAUGGCCAAAUAGUAGCAGUAAACACAUUAGCCAUAAGCAACAACAGCAGCAGCAGGUCCAACAAAGCUCCGAAGAUCUCAUGAACUCGAGCGUUUCGAGUGUUUGUUCCGUUUCGGCGCAAAGUACGGUCUCCAGUUCUGCUGAUAUUGAAGAACGGCAACGCCGGAGAGCUUUUGCGCAUUACGAUUGUCAGUCGUUAACAGCAAAUUUGGGUUAUGCAGCCAAAUUAAGAGGAUUAUUGCUUGCCCGGCGACGAAAUACGACCACAGGAGCGAGUGCAGCUGCCAUGUACAACACCCGAAGCUCCACCCCGGACGGAGAUAGUGCCGAUGAGGAUGCCGGCGAUGGACAAAAUAACGAUCUCUUGGAAAAUUGUCCCUUUUUCCGGAACGAAAUUGGCGGCGAAGACGAACGCGAAGUCAGUCUCACGCGAAUGCAGAAUCCAGUGCCGCCCGGGCAACAAAGAAAAGCCAUUCAUCGUCCCUCCUUGGCUUACGGAGUGUCUUUGCUUGAAUGUCCCGUCGGUGAAAUCCUGUGGAAACAGAUCACGUGUCCCUUCCAACGUGGUCCACGACCCAUUGAGCAAGUUGAUCAUGGGGCACGUUACUACCGAAAUUACUUCCUGGGUCAGGAGCAUCAAAAUUAUUUCGGAAUGGAUGAGCAAUUAGGUCCCGUUGCGAUCAGUAUCAAAAAGGAAAAGGUCAUGCCGACUACGAUGGAUGCCCAGAAGGAAAAUCAAAAUCUUUUCCGAUUAAUUGUACGAACUUCGGAACUGUUGACACUUCGAGGCAGCGUCUUGGAAGAAGCAAUUCCGAACCCACGUGGUCCUGGAAAGCCAUGCCACAUCAAAGAAGUGCUGGAAUACGUAGCACCUGAAGUACAGAUCUCCGCGUUGCGUUUAAGUGUCAACACGCCGCAAUGCGAGCAACAAUUACUGAAGCUGGAUGAGCAAGGAUUGACCAAUAAAUACAAAGUUGGGAUCCUGUAUUGCCGCGCGAACCAAGCCACCGAAGAAGACAUGUACAAUAACGAGGAUGCGGGGCCCGCUUUCGUCGAAUUUCUCGAAACGAUCGGAAAACGCGUUCGUUUGAAGGGUUUCGAGCAUUACAAAGCCGGACUCGAUAAUAAAACGGACUCCACUGGCACGCAUUCCGUUUAUGCCACGUAUCAGGAUUGCGAAGUGAUGUUCCAUGUAUCAACCAUGCUCCCUUUUACGCCAAACAAUCGUCAACAAUUGCUGCGAAAACGACACAUUGGCAACGAUAUUGUCACGAUCGUUUUCCAAGAGCCCGGGGCGUUGCCAUUUUCUCCGAAAAACAUUCGGAGUCAGUUCCAACACGUUUUUGUGAUUGUUCGUGUCGUUAAUCCCUGCUCGGAGAACACGCAUUAUCGCGUUGCGGUGUCCCGAUCGAAGGAAGUGCCCGUUUUUGGUCCCCCAAUCCGUCCUGGUGCUCUCUAUUCGCGCGGUAAAAAUUUCACGGAUUUCCUGUUGGCGAAGAUAAUUAACGCAGAAAAUGCGGCACAUCGAUCGGAAAAGUUCGCAACGAUGGCAACGCGAACAAGGCAGGAAUAUUUGAAGGAUCUCACGACGAAUUAUGUGACAGCGACGAUGGUGGAGACCGGGCAGAAAUUCUCCAUUUUUCCGAGCAAGAAGAAGGAAAAGCCGAAACCGAGAUUUUCGGGGGACAUGAGUCAACGGGGAGCGUUUUGCUGGCAGGUGGUGUUGCAUGAUCACGGACAAUCGACGCAAGUAGAUUGUUUCUUGGGCAUUUCGGCAGAGACGUUUGUCCUGAUUGAGGAGUGUUCGCGACAAAUUAUCUUUGUUACGCCGUGCAAAUCGAUUCUGGGAUGGUCCACGAACGGGAAUUCGUUGAGAGUUUAUCAUCAUCAAGGCGAAUGCGUCACUCUCAAUAUGCGCGACUCUGGCGAACGCGACGAGCAACUUGAAGUCAUCGAGCGAUUACGUGCCGUCACCAACGGUUGUGGUGCCCUCGAACUGAGUCUCCGUCGCAAUCCGAUGGGCCAACUAGGAUUUCACGUGCAACCCGAUGGCGUCGUUACACAAGUCGAAAUGUCCGGACAAGCCUGGAUCGCAGGUCUCCGUCAAGGUUAUCGUCUUGUCGAAAUUUGCAAAGUUGCGGUAUCGACUUUAUCUCACGAUCAAAUGGUUGAUUUGCUGAAAACGUCGGCGCAAGUGACUGUCACUGUGAUUGAAUCUUUUUCGGAUUACUCGCCACGUCGCGGUUGUUUCUUGCAAAAUUGCAAAUUCAAUCAGCUGAACAUGGAAGGCGAUUAUGCGGAUUUGGAACGAUGUGCUGUGGAUAAAAGUAGCAAGACGAAAACGACGCCAGCGAUUCAGCAAUCGUCAUCGAAUCAUUAUCAUCGAAGGCGGUACGAGAGGAAUUUCAGUCCACCGCGGUCGAGCAACAGUUCGGGAUACGGAACGGGAUCCAGUAGUCGUUCGUUUAUCGAAAACGGAGUUCAUCACCAAAAUUCGAGCAGUAAUACCAAAUAUGUGCCCGAUAUGGGGACCCUUACGAGCUCCUCCAGCGGUCAUUCGUCGAACGACGAGCGAUGGUACGACGUGCUAGAGGUCCCGGAAGAAAGUCUUCCGCCCACGACGAACAAUAAUUACCAUCAACGCGUGCAUCAUGCCAAUUCCGUGCCAACCAGCGUUAAUAAUCGUCCGUUAUCGUUGCACGAAAAUCGCGUUUAUGUCAAGCAACCAACGAUGGAGUACAUUCCAGUGCAUGGGCCCAAAGGCACGGACUACAUCGGCAGCGAAGUGUUGCUCCAAAGCUUGCAUAUCAACGAAAAUGACGGAAAUACCCAUCAAUCCAGCAAAAAUCCAUCGCCACAAGAGGAGCCCAUCUACAACGGCUCAAACAAAAGUGUCAAAGACGACGAUGAUCAUUCGUCGUCGCCGCGUCUCACACGUUCCGCCACCACAAACAGCAUCCAUUUCGCCAAAAAAUCAUCCAGUUCAUCGUCCAGUAGUCGUAACAACAGUCCGCGACCUAAUGUAGAAGCUGCCAAAUUGCGUCCUGGUGCCGCCAAUCGCAAUGCCGCACAUCACCAACGAAGCAGUGUCAAUUUCGCCAACAGCACAUUGCAAGAGGAUCUCAUAAAACUGAUCACGGGAGCCACGUCGAACGACGACAACUUCCACAACGGUCCAAUUAGGGAAGAAAAACCCAAAAAAGACAUUCCAAAUAGUCACAGUUUGGGAAAUAUUAGUCUCUUGCAACAACAACAACAUCAAGUCACCGUCACAAAUGGCCAAGAAGAACAAAUUUCGAAAAACAAGUCAAAAUCACGCGAGGAAAUUCAAGCGUCGGAAGAGGUGAUUUUUACAACGGCUCGUCCCGCAACCGUCAUUUCGACGAACAAGGCGCCGGAUUUGAACAAAUUGGUGGAAUUGGCGGAAGAAAAGUUGAAAAUGUCGCCAAGAAAGAGUUUGGCCCAAAGUAUGUUGAAGAAUGGCACGUCGACGAAUAACAACGAAGGAGAUGCCUUGAAACUGCCUCAUUUGCCGGACAUCAAUGAUCUUGAUUGGAAUACACUGGUUGAUACUGCGACACGGGCAAUCAUGCAGCAAUCAAACGGCGAUCAUCGUUCCAACGGCACCUCGAACCACCAACAACCUCACAGUCAUACGGGCACUCCAAUGCAUCACGGACACACAAACGGGCACGAUAUUUACGAAGAAAUCCAUCGUGACACCAACACGCCCGACUCCACUUCAUCACUCGGCAACGGCAACGAGCCACAAAUGGUCUCCAGCACAAGUCUCCCGGAGCUUCAGACGCAAGUUUGUCACUUGUCGGAACGAGUGUUGCGCGAACAACGUCGUCGACGAUCACUGGAACAAGCGGUCCGACGUCUCACGGAGGAAAAUCGACGUUUGCAAGACGAAAGUCAAGCUGCUGUGCAACAAUUACGAAGAUUUACGGAAUGGUUUUUCCAAACGAUUGACAAACAGUCGCAAAAUUAAAAGAAAAAGUGCUUUAACGUACUAUUUUAGCGUGAAAUACGGAAAAUAUGGCCCAUCAUGACAAACAUUCCAAAAUAAACCAAAAACAGGGCAACUUAUUGAUCUUAUGGAAAAAAAAAUAUGACAAAACAAUCAAAUUUUAAUCUUAUGAAUAGUAUUUAAAAUGGACGCGACACCAAGAUUAACAAUGAAGUGUAUUAUACAAAAUAAAAAACAUGAAACAUGAAUAGACUUUAGUAACAGUUAGAAUUAACAAAU